AUGUUUUGGGUAAUUAUUGCUCUGAUAAUCUUUAUCAGUGCCAAUGCAAAAAACGACCAUAACGAGUAUAUUUCUUGUAAAUGUCAUAACAGAAAAUUAUCAAUUUUGAUCAGUUCAAAUGACAGAGUAUGCAAAGAUGCAUUUGUUGGUUGUGCAGCCAUAAAGAAACUUUGCAGCGAAAAACUGUUUGAGGGACUUAUGAUGAACAUUUGUAAUGAAACUUGUGGAUUCUGCACCAAUACUGAGUCAGAAAACUCAUUUCCACAGCUUCCUUACAGUGAAAGUACCCCGUAUGUUGUCGGUUGCUUUAUCAGUCGAGACGGGAAAAUUAGCGUAGGCGAAGACCGAUUUACUUUGGUGAAAUAUCGUCGUGGUCUUUGUACACAUAUAAUCUUUGAUGCAGCAAUAGAUGAAAACUAUAAAGCAAAUUCGGUGGAUGAACACGAUAUACAGCCUUACAUAACUGAAACAUCAUGGUAUGAAGCGUUGAAACAUUUGAAAAGAAAUCAAACUAAUUUAAAAGUGCUACUGUCAUUUGGUCGUUAUGAUAAAAUUUCUAGAUCAACUAAUCAAAUGAUUCGUAAUCCAAAUCAUCGUUAUAAGUUUAUUCAUUCAAUGCUGGAUUACGUACUAAAAUUUGGAUUUGACGGCAUUCAUAUUGAUCACGAAAUUUUCCCACAAGAGUCGAACUUGAUAACACCAUUUACCAGAUUUCUAAGGGAACUAAAACACGCUGCUGAAGAACGCAGUUUAACGGAAGGAAAAAGAAUACUGAUAACAAAGAUUCUUUACGGCAGUAUACCACAAAUCGACAUUUACGAUGCUUCACAGUUAGACUGGUCUUUAGACUAUGUCUUUCUAAGUCCUAUUUAUUCGGCAAAAUCAGAGGAACAUAAACGAGUGAGUACAGAUAUUCAGGCAGAAGCAGAAAGUGGAGAUGAGAGUGCACGAAACUUUAUGAUUUCUGCAAAUUAUCUGUAUAAGAAAGGAAUUCCAAAAUCGAAAAUUGUUGUUGGCAUUCCAACAUACGGAGCUUUUGGAAAUUUGAAAGAUGCAGUUGGAAAUGGUAGAGAAAAAGGUAGCCAAUAUUUAUCAAAAACACACGUUGCAAUUACCGGAAUUAUGCCUUAUGAUGAGAUUUGCAAGGUGCUUGUCAAAACUGAUCACACAGAUUUGUUGGACAGUGAUUUUGUACCAUUUGUAGUUUUUGACAAUAAAUGGUUGUCGUUUGAGAACAGAAAAUCAAUUGCUGCUAAAGUAUAA